AUGGGACCCGCACGGACCAAGCGGAGCGCCAGGGCCUAUCACACGGACGCACAGCCUGGCGGUGGCGGCUGGAACGACGCUCCCGUGCAGCCCAACCCGCCUCAGGCUCCGUGGCAGCAGGCCGCAGCCGCCAGGGUCGCCGCCUUUGAGGGACAGCUGCAGGGCAAUGCCGACAGCGCCCUCGACCAGAUGCCCGGACAGCGGAACACCGUCUCGCAGGCUCAAAUCGCCCAUAACCGUGCCAUGAUGUCUCAGGGCCAGGGUCCGGGCCCGGGCCAGCAGCGCGCACCGAUGCAGCCGCAGGGCGGACCUGGAGGCGCCUUUUCCCAAGCCAUGCCGCCGCAGCAGCCUGGAGGUGGCAUCGCCCAGCCCCCUCACCAGGCCGGCCAGCGCUUCGCCGGCCCCCGUUCCAAGAUCGACCCGGACCAGAUCCCCAGCCCGGUCGAGAUGCAGGAUGCCGACCAGGAGUUUUUCGACAAAGAGUGGUUCGCCACCUGCGGCCGCGGCGGCCUGCCGCUCAGCACCACGAGCUUUGCCGCCGUCGACCAGGGCAACUGCUCGCCCAAGCACGUCCGGCUCACGACCUACAGCAUGCCGGCUACCGACGAGCUCGCCACCACGUCGCAGCUGCCCAUCGCCCUGCUGCUGCAGCCCUUUGCCCAGCUGCGCGCCGAUGAGGCGCCCAUCCCUACGGCCCACUUUGGCGACAGUGGACCGCCGCGCUGCAAACGCUGCCGCGCCUACAUCAACGCGUGGUGCGUGUUUGUCGAGGGCGGGCAGAAGUGGACGUGCAACCUCUGCGGCACCGCGACCGAAGUGGCCGCCGACUACUUCUGCAACCUCGACAUGAGCGGCCGGCGCGUCGACUUUGAGUCGCGACCGGAGCUCUCGCGCGGCACCGUCGAUUUCGCCGUGCCCAAGGAGUACUGGGCGGUCCAGGCGACGCCGCCGGCAUCGGUGCUGCUGCCCGUCGCGCCCGCGAGCACCCUCACCGAGACGGCCAAGCUCAGCCCGCGGCCCGAUGCCCAGAAGGAAAACUUUGACGGCACGACCAUGGGCCUCACCGGCCAGGGCGGCCAGGCGGCCAAGGCGGCGACCAAGGCGGCCAGCGAUGCGCUCAGCAGCAUCAACAUUGGCAAGGGCAGGACCACGGUGCGGGCGCCGCGUCCCAUGACCUACCUCUUUGCCAUCGACGUCAGCUUCAGCGCUGUCCGCUGCGGCGCACUGCAGAGCACGGUCGACUCGAUCCGCGAGACCCUCUACGGCGCCAAGCCCGACGAUGACGGCGGCGAGGUCAACGGCAACGGCGAGGCUGGGGAUGCGCCGGCGGCCGAAGCCGACGAGGGCCCUGGCUUCGGCCUGCCCCACGGCAGCCGGGUGGCCAUCCUCACCUUUGACCGCUCGCUGCACUUCUACAACCUCUCGUCGGAGCUCGACCAGGCACAGAUGCUCGUCGUGCCGGACAUCGAGGAGCCGUUCGUGCCGAUCAGCGACGGGCUGCUCGCCGACCCGUGGGAGUCCAAGCACCUGAUCGAGAGCCUGCUCAACAGCCUGCCGACCAUGUUUGCCGACAACAUGACGGGCGAGGCGGCCCUCGGCGCGGCGGUCCGCGGCGCGCAGGCCGCGCUGACGACCAUCGGCGGUCAGGUCAACCUCUUCCUCUCGACCAUCCCCACCGUCGGGCCCGGCUCGCUCAAGCACCGUGAGGACACCAAGCUCUACGGCACCGACAAGGAGAAGAACCUCUUUGUGCCGCAGGACGGCUUCUACCGCGGCGUCGCCGAGGAGUGCGUCGAGGCGGGCAUCGGCGUCAAUGUCUUCUUCUUCCCCUCGCAGUACAUCGACGUGGCGACCAUCAGCGUGCUGACCGGCCUGACGGGCGGCGAGGCCUUUUUCCACCCGCGCUACGACCCCGUCCGCGACGGCGCCAAGCUGCGGACCGAGGUGCGCCGCACCGUGCUGCGCGAGACGGGCUACAAUGUCACGAUGCGCGUCCGCUGCUCCAACGGCCUGCGCGUCGCCGAUCACUACGGCAACUUCUACCAGCGCAACGUCACCGACAUUGAGCUGGGCACCAUGGACGCCGACAAGUGUAUUGCCGCCCUCAUCAAGCACGAGGCCAAGCUCGACGAGAAGCACGAGGUCUACUUCCAGUGCGCCGUGCUCUACACGACGGCCCAGGGCGAGCGGCGGGUGCGCUGCCACAACCUCGCCGUGCCCGUCAGCAGCCUGCUCGGCAAUGUCUUCCGCUACGCCGACAUGGACAGCGCCGUCGCCUUCUACAUGAAGGAGACUAUCUCGCUCGCCCACACCAAGCCGCUCAAGGACGUCCGCCACUACCUGACCGACAAGUGCGUCAAGGUGCUCCUCGCCUACCGGCGCAACUGCGCCUCGUCGACGUCGCCCGGCCAGCUCAUCCUGCCCGAGAGCUUCAAGCUGUUCCCGCUCUACGCCCUCGCCAUCAACAAGACCAAGGCCAUCAAGGGCGGCAACGUCACGUCCGACGUCCGCACCUUCUACAUGCGCCUGCUCCGCGGCGCCGGCGUCCCGGCCAUCAUGAACAUGCUCUACCCGCGCAUGGUGGCGCUCCACACGAUGCGGCCCGACGACGGCGAGCCGAUCAAGAUCACGACGCCCGACGGCAGCGUCGUGCAGGGAGCGCGCAUCAAGAGCCCGCCCCUGAUGCGGCCCAGCUACCUGCGCAUGGAGGCCCACGGCGCCUACCUCCUCGAGAACGGCGAGGUCGCCAUCCUCUGGCUCGGCGCCGACGUCAACCCCAAGCUCGUCGAAGACCUCUACGGCGUCGCCCGCAUCGACGACAUCGACCCGCGCAUGACCCGCCUGCCCCGCCUGCCCACCAAGCUUAGCAAGCAGGCGCGCGCGCUGGUCAAGGACUUUGCCCUGCAGAGGAACAAGCCGGAGCUGCCCGUCCUCAUUGCCCGGCAGAACCGCGACGGCACCGAGGUCGAGCUGGCCAACAGCCUCGUAGAGGACCAGAACAACGACGCCAUGAGCUACGUCGACUACCUCUGCCACGUCCACCGCAUCAUCUCGUCGGACAUGACGAGCGGGAAAGACGAGGGCGGAAGCUGGUUCUCGACGUGA